UUAUAUAAUUAUCUCUUCAAAGAUGAUGAGACCAUUAUUUUAACCGGUGUACAGUUCUUUCUCUGCAUUUCAGGGUAUGUUUAUCGUCAGUUUCCCGUACGCUCUCCUACAAGGUGGGUACUGGACGCUGCUCUCCAUCACCGUGGUGGCUGCCAUCUGUACUCACACCAGUCGCAUCAUUGUGAAAUGUCUGUACGAAGAUGAUGCUUGUGGAAACCAAGUUAGAGUUCGAAGAAGUUACGUUGAUAUAGCGAAUAGAGUGUGGGGUCCUAACUUCGGUGGUGUUCUACUUACUCUUGCACAAGUAAUUGAACUUUUCAUGACCUGCAUCCUCUACAUUCUAGUAAGUGGGGAGCUUCUGCACGGUUGUUUCCGGUCACGUGACAUUAGUCUUGCCACCUGGACCGUCAUUAGCACCGUCCCACUUCUACCUUGUGUUUUCCUGCAGAGCAUUCGACGUGUGUCGUAUCUAAGCUUCUGGUGCACGGUGACUCACAUGAUUAUAAACGUAAUCAUUGUAGUCUACUGUUUUACGCAGGUCUCCAGAUGGCACUGGGAUCAAAUGCCUGUGGAAAUCAACAUUUGGGAGUUUCCGAUCUCCCUCGGGAUUAUUGUGUUUAGCUACACGUCACAAAUAUUCGUACCAACACUAGAGGGCAGCAUGAGAGAUCCCAAACGCUUCACCCGCGUGCUGUAUUGUACUCAUAUUUCUGCUACCGUCAUCAAAAGCCUGUUUGCUUAUGUCUGCUUCUUAACUUGGGGAAAAGAAACGAUGGAAGUCAUCACCAACAAUUUGAAACAACCUGGAUUUAAAAUUGCUGUGGAUCUCGUAUUGGUUCUCAAAGCUCUCCUUUCAUACCCACUACCUUACUUUGCAACAGUUGAAAUCAUCGAACAAGAAUGUCUCAACCCACAGUCUCCAUUCUGUAUCCCCUCUUGCAUUAAUGAUCAACGCAAGUUGAAACCGUGGACUGUUGUCAUAAGAGUCCUUCUGGUCAUCGCGUCCAUGUUACUGGCUGUAUUUCUUCCUCAUUUCUCAACUCUGAUGGGUCUAGUCGGAAGUUUCACGGGAACCAUGCUGUCCCUAGUGUGUCCCUGUUACUUCUACCUACACAUUCAUGGCGGGAGGCUGUACUGGUAUGAAAAGCUUGUCAACUGGGUCAUCCUGUUUCUAGGGGUUGCUGUCGGUGGGACUGGAAUGUAUUACUCCGGUCUUGCACUCCACCAUGCCAUGAAUGAUAACCCGUCCCUCAUCACGACCGUGAACAUUACAGAGCUAGGAUAUUGAUAGAUUUAUAAACUGGGUUUUAAUCACGUGAUUUUAUACGGAUACUAUUCUGGAUCAAGUUAGCAUUGAUUGCAAUAAGUAUUUCGCAUGAACUAGGAACAAUAUAUUAGUCUACUGAAAAA